UCCCUCUCUUCAUCAAAGACUCAACAUAAAGAAAGUUGGUGAAUUUCUGACUCUUCAGUGGUUGGGACUCGAGGGGAAAGUGGCUUUGGUUCAGUCAUGUCCGUGUCUGUAAUCGUGUGGUUCAUCUUCCUCGUCCCCCUGACGCUCUCCGUGCCUCAGUCGCCAUGUCGCCGCUGUUGCGAUGACGACUUCCUGCCAGACGAGACCCCAGCGACCCUUCCACCGGAAACGUCGGCCAUACCUGAAAUACGCACCGUCAUCAAUAUGACCAUCCUCAAAGGUGAUAAAGGAGAAAAGGGAGAAAAGGGAAUGCCGGGGAAGCCUGGUUUAGAGGGUCCAUCUGGUGCUCAAGGUCUUGAAGGACCGAAAGGUUCCAAAGGUCAUGCUGGAGCACCUGGCGCUCCGUGCAAGUCUGAGCACUCGGCGUUCUCGGUGGGUCGACGCAAAGCUCUUCACAGCACAGACUCGUAUCAGGUGAUCCUGUUCGACACGGAGUUCGUCAACGUUCCCGGCCACUUCGACAUGUUCUCCGGCAAGUUCCAGUGCAGCACGCCAGGGGUCUACUUCUUCAACGUCAACGUGCACACGUGGAACUUCAAGGAGACCUACGUGCACAUCAUGCAGAACGAGAAAGAGCGCACUCUGGUGUACACUCAGCCCGGCGAUCGCUCCAUCAUGCAGAGCCAGAGCAUCCUGCUGAACCUCCAGCUCCACGACGAGGUGUGGGUGCGCCUGUACAAGCGAGAGCGCGAGAACGCCGUCUACAGCGAUGACAUGAACAUGUACAUUACCUUCAACGGGUACCUCAUCAUUUCGAACGUGCCCUGAGAGAACCGAGACUGAGACGGGGUGACGAGUUCAGAGAGUUUACACUUUAUUAUAAAAACAUCAUUCGAUCUGUUUCUAAUUCAUGGUGCAGAAAACCAGGAAACCAGUUCUCACUUCACUUAUCUUAUAGCAGCGAUAAACUUCUCACACUGACACUGGAGACUCCUUCCAUAAAUAUUACACAACAUUUCAGAUAACAGAUAUACAAAUACACACGUUUUAAUAAAGAAAUUCCCCCUGUAAACCGUUACUAUAGAAACGAGAUGCUGUUUGGCCAAAAGUAUUAGAGCACCAUCCUUUCCAGCCACAUGUGGUUCUUCUUCAAACAGUUCCCACGAAAUUGUACACACGAUUGUAUAAGACGUCAUUGGAUAUUGUAGCAUGAAAUUGUCCCUUCACUUCAACUCCAAGACCCAAAGCCAACUCCAUGAAGAUCUAGAAGAUUGGAAGGUUGGAAGGUGUAAAAGAUCUCCUGCUAUAGAGCUCCAACCCAAUUGACCACUCUUGGGGAUGAAUGUGAACGCUGACUGCACCCCAGGGCUCCUCACCUCAAGUACAUCAGUACCUGACUUUACUAACACACUUGUAGCUGAAUGAGUCUCCACAAAACGUAGUGGAACAUCUUCUUAAAAGAGUCGAGCUCAUUAUAACAGCACAUGAGGACUAACGGGGAAUAUUAAUUCCUAAUAUUGUGUUGGUCCCCUUUUGCUGCUAAAACAGUCGUGACCCCUCCAUCAUCAACAACAUGAACUUCUUCAGCAGUUUGAGCUACAGAAGCUCGCCUGUUAGACCAGCC